UUACACCAUUGUUUUUUUCCACAUCCUUCAGAUAAAACCACUUUCAUGUUAGCAAAAUCAUUGAAAAAUAAAAUUAACUUUGUUGCUAAUUAACCAGAAGCAAUGAUUCAAAUUUUGUUUACACUUGUGUUGGCUGAAAUGGCAUUGAUUCUGAGCCUUUUGUUCAGAACCCCUCUGAGGAAGUUGGUGAUCGUGGGGUUAGAUCGAUCGAAGCAAGGACGGGGGCCAUUGGUGGUGAAGAGCGUGGGAGGAACCAUUCUCGUCUUCUUUAGCUCCACCAUAUAUAGUGUAUUCAGUGUUCAAAAACGUUUAUCAGAGGCAGGCUUUGUCAAUCCGACAGAUGAGGUUCUUAUGGCACAUCGUCUCCUGGAAGCAUCUCUCAUAGGGUUUUCCCUAUUCCUGGCAAUGAUUAUAGAUAGACUACACUACUCUAUCAAAGAGCUCCGUCUGCUACGAGGACUCGUCGAAGAAGUGAAGAAUCUGAAAAAGGAUGAUGAGCACAGGAAAUCUACUGCUCCUGCAGAAGUGAAGAAGGCAACACAAAUGAUCUCAUUAAUCCCCUAAGAAUAAUUCAAAUCAACAUAUAGGUUGAUCAUUGAAAUAAUGCAUAUAUAGCUUGCAAAAUUUUAGAUUUCUUCAUAGAUAAAUGGAUUACUGUGGUCUCCUGUAAAAAUCAUACAAACCUACAAAUUGUAAUUUCUUUUUAUUGAUAGUGCACAAUGUGAUAAACUGGAAGCAUGUGUGAGUUGGGUUAGAAAUUUAAUAUAUGGGAUUUGGUUAUUUUUUUUAUAUACAAAUGAUAUUCGACUUUAAAUAA